AUGAUCGUGCUUCAUUCUCGGCUGAUCCAAGCAGCAGAUACAGAUGGUGGAGUAAUCAAUGAGAUUAAACAGUAUAGAGAUGCUAGGUUCGUGGGGCCACCGGAGUCUAUCCACAGGAUUUGCGCUUUUCCAAUGUACGGUGUCUCUCCCUCGGUCCUCCAACUUCAACUUCAUUUGGAAAAUAUGCAGUCUGUCACAUUCAAUGAGGGUGAUAAUCUAGAGGAUGUUAUCAGUCGGGAUUCUUCUUCCAACACCAUGCUCACUCAAUAUUUCAAGAUGAACAAGGUGGACCCUUAUGCGAGGAACUUCUUGUACAAAGAGUUCCCAGAAUUUUAUCGUUGGAUUAAGGGUAAGAAGAUAUGGCAGAUAAGAAAACUAAAGGGCCGGGGGCAGAUUGGGAGAAUUGUGUAUGCAAAUCCUGCUGAAGGUGAAAGGUACUUCCUAAGAAUACUUAUGAAUCAUGUUCGAGGUGCAACAUCAUAUGAAAAUUUGAAGACUGUGCAUGGAAAGUUGUGCGCGUCUUUCAGAGAAGCGUGUGAGAAAAGAGGUCUAAUAGAGACCGACAAGUCACUUGAUGACUGCUUGACUGAGUCUGCUACUUUCCAAAUGCCACGUGCUCUAAGAAGGCUAUUUGCAACUAUUCUGGUGUUUUGUGAGGCGACAAACAUCCGAUCAUUGUGGGAGAAGCACCUCGAGUCAAUGUCUGAGGACUACCUUCGGAACCAUCCCAACAAGGCCGCAGUAGAGCAGAUGGUCCUUAGAGACAUUAGGGAUCUGGUGCAUUCGAUGGGGAAGGAUAUUGGCAGUUGUGGCCUCCCAGAUUUGGAUCCGGUAGAUGAUGGGUGUUCAAGUGGUUACUCGAGAGAGGUUCAAGAGGAGAUGUCGAUCAUUCCGGACAAAAAAGAUAUAAAUUUGUUUACAUCUCUUAACACUGAGCAGCGCGCUGGUUUUGAUGAAAUACUCUCUCACGUCGUUGACAAAAGGAGCCAGGUAUUCUUUGUUGAUGGUCCAGGUGGCACGGGAAAGACAUAUUUGUAUAAAGCACUUCUUGCUAAGGUUCGUUCACUAGGACAAAUAGCUAUUGCAACAGCGACAUCUGGUAUAGCGGCAUCCAUCAUGCCUAGUGGACGCACCGCCCACUCAAGGUUCAAAAUUCCAAUUAAACUCACAGAUAGCAGCAUGUGCAAUUUCACCAAGCAAAGUGGUACCGCAGAUCUGCUCCGCAAGGCAUCUUUGAUAAUCUGGGACGAAGUUGCCAUGACAAAGCGUCAAACAGUUGAGACACUUGAUAGGUCCCUACAAGACAUCAUGGGAUGUGAUUUGCCUUUUGGUGGGAAGGUUGUGGUGUUUGGAGGAGAUUUUAGGCAGGUCCUUCCAGUGGUGACGCGUGGGACAAGAGCGCAGAUCACUGACGCCACACUACGGAGGUCUCAUUUAUGGGAGAAGAUUAGAAAGAUACGUCUCACGCGUAAUAUGAGGGCACAAACUGACCCGUGGUUCUCCAGUUACCUCUUGAGAAUUGGGAAUGGAACAGAAGAGACGAUCGGUGGCGAUUAUGUGCGUCUUCCGGAUGACAUUGUUAUUCCUUACACUUCUACAGAAGAACCAGUGAACAAGCUUAUUGAAGAUGUCUUCCCAUCGCUUCAUGAAAACGCCGCAUCUGGAUCCUACAUGAGCUCACGUGCCAUUCUUUCAACCAAGAAUGAACAUGUGGACAAUCUAAAUACAAAGAUGAUUGAAAGGUUUCCUGGAAAAGAAAAGGUAUAUUAUAGCUUUGACUCUGUCGAAGAUGAUGCACGCAAUAACUACCCAAUUGACUAUCUAAACUCCAUAACUCCAAAUGGCCUGCCCCCGCAUCUUCUGAAACUCAAAGUCAAUUGUCCUGUCAUUCUUCUCCGAAAUCUCGAUCCUCACAACGGGUUGUGCAAUGGAACAAGAUUGAUGAUUAGAGCAUUUCAAGAUAAUGCAAUUGAUGCAGAGAUUGUUGGUGGACAACAUGCUGGAGAUAGAGUGUUUAUACCGAGGAUCCCUUUGUCGCCUUCGGAUGACAUUUCACUUCCGUUCAAAUUCAAGAGGAAACAGUUCCCCAUACGGUUGAGUUUUGCUAUGACCAUCAACAAAGCCCAAGGGCAAACCAUUCCAACCGUUGGUAUUUACCUCCCGAACCUCGUAUUCUCGCAUGGCCAGCUUUAUGUUGCACUGUCGAGGGGUGUGUCAAGGCAGACCACUCGGAUUUUGGCCAAGCCAAAUAAUGACAUAGAUCCCACUGGAAAAAGCACGAAGAAUAUUGUGUACAGGGAUGUCUUGGAGGGAUGA